AAUAUAGAGAAAUGGAUGAGAGUCUGGCUAACCUUUCUGAAGAUGAGUAUUAUUCUGAAGAAGAAAGGAAUGCUAAAGCAGAGAAGGAGAAAAAGCUACCUCCUCCCCCACCACCACCUCCUCCUGAGGAAGAGAAUGAAAGUGAGCCAGAAGAACCAUCUGGGCAAGCAGGAGGACUUCAAGACGACAGUUCUGGAGGGUAUGGAGACUGCCAAGCAUCAGGUGUGGAGGGUGCAGCUUUCCAGAGUAGACUUCCACAUGAUCGAAUGACAUCUCAAGAAGCCGCUUGUUUUCCAGAUAUUAUCAGUGGGCCACAGCAGACUCAGAAGGUGUUUCUUUACAUCAGAAACCGAACGUUGCAGCUUUGGCUGGAUAACCCAAAGAUUCAGUUAACAUUUGAGGCAACACUACAACAGCUGGAAGCACCCUAUAAUAGUGAUACUGUCCUAGUUCACAGAGUCCAUAGCUAUCUGGAAAGGCAUGGCUUAAUCAAUUUUGGCAUCUAUAAAAGAGUAAAGCCUCUCCCAACCAAGAAGACUGGCAAGGUGAUCAUUAUUGGUUCUGGAGUAUCUGGUUUGGCAGCCGCUCGGCAGCUACAGAGCUUUGGAAUGGAUGUCACACUCCUAGAAGCAAGGGAUCGUGUAGGGGGCAGAGUUGCAACUUUUCGCAAAGGAAACUAUGUGGCAGAUUUGGGAGCCAUGGUAGUAACAGGACUGGGAGGAAACCCGAUGGCUGUGGUGAGCAAACAAGUAAACAUGGAACUGGCUAAAAUAAAACAAAAAUGUCCACUUUAUGAAGCUAAUGGACAAGCUGUUCCAAAGGAAAAAGAUGAAAUGGUAGAACAGGAGUUUAAUCGUCUGCUGGAAGCCACCUCGUAUCUCAGCCACCAGCUGGACUUCAAUGUCUUGAAUAACAAACCUGUCUCUCUGGGUCAGGCCCUGGAAGUUGUCAUACAGUUGCAGGAGAAGCAUGUGAAAGAUGAGCAGAUUGAACACUGGAAGAAGAUAGUGAAAACUCAAGAAGAGCUUAAAGAUCUUCUUAAUAAGAUGGUGAACUUAAAAGAGAAGAUAAAGGAACUCCACCAGCAGUACAAGGAAGCAUCUGAAGUGAAGCCGCCUCGAGAUAUCACUGCAGAGUUCCUUGUGAAGAGUAAGCAUCGAGAUCUUACGGCUCUCUGCAAGGAGUAUGAUGAGUUGGCAGAAACACAAGCAAAACUGGAAGAGAAACUCCAGGAAUUAGAAGCCAACCCUCCUAGUGAUGUCUAUUUAUCAUCAAGAGACAGACAGAUUCUUGACUGGCAUUUUGCAAAUCUUGAGUUUGCAAAUGCCACACCACUCUCUACGCUGUCACUGAAACACUGGGACCAGGACGAUGAUUUUGAAUUCACAGGCAGCCAUUUGACUGUGAGAAAUGGCUACUCCUGUGUGCCCGUGGCUUUGGCUGAAGGACUGGACAUUAAGCUCAACACGGCGGUUCGACAGGUUCGCUACACAGCUUCAGGAUGUGAAGUGAUAGCUGUCAACACACGUUCCACUAGCCAAACAUUUAUUUAUAAGUGUGAUGCUGUUCUGUGUACUCUUCCUUUGGGUGUGCUAAAACAGCAGCCUCCUGCAGUACAGUUUGUCCCUCCUCUUCCAGAGUGGAAGACAUCAGCUGUGCAGAGGAUGGGAUUUGGAAACCUUAACAAGGUUGUGCUGUGCUUUGACCGUGUGUUCUGGGAUCCGAGUGUCAAUUUGUUUGGUCACGUUGGCAGCACGACGGCCAGCAGGGGAGAGCUUUUCCUGUUUUGGAAUCUUUACAAAGCACCUAUUCUGCUGGCCUUGGUGGCAGGUGAAGCAGCUGGAAUCAUGGAGAAUAUUAGUGAUGAUGUAAUUGUCGGGCGCUGCCUUGCUAUUCUCAAGGGCAUUUUUGGUAGCAGUGCAGUCCCUCAGCCCAAGGAGACAGUCGUAUCACGUUGGCGGGCUGAUCCUUGGGCCCGAGGGUCCUAUUCCUAUGUAGCAGCUGGAUCUUCAGGAAAUGACUAUGACCUGAUGGCUCAGCCAAUAACUCCAGGACCAGCCAUUCCAGGAGCUCCACAGCCAAUUCCUCGUUUGUUCUUUGCUGGGGAGCACACAAUCCGCAACUAUCCUGCGACUGUACAUGGAGCUUUGCUGAGUGGACUGAGAGAAGCGGGACGCAUCGCAGACCAAUUUCUUGGUGCAAUGUACACUCUGCCUCGCCAAACAACUCCCGUGGCAACUGCCCAGCAAGCUCCUCCUAUGUAAUGAUGCAAGAUGCCACCAAUGGCCUCCAAAUAUCUUUCAUUGGCCUGUGGUUAGAAGCAAGUGGCCUUCUUUUUCCUGUUAGAAAAUGGUAGCUUGGAGUCAACAGCAUUACCCUGUUGAAUGGCCUCCCAGCGGCGUCUCCAUCAUCUGAGAAAGCGGUACUUUAUGCCCAGCCCAGUUCAUUGGAAUGGUGCUCGUGCUUCCCAGAAUGCAGACUCCUGGUCUCUCAAGUGGGACCUGUUUUGGUAUACAUGUGGCUUUGGUUCCGUUUCUUCCCAGGUUUAGAACUCUUGUAUAUUAGCUGCUGUUAGUAAUUAAGGUGACAUUGUCUCGUGUGGAUUUUUACCCCAGGAAGUAAAAAUAAUGUUUGUUUGUUUUUUAAAAAAGCACACAUAACCACUAAAAUCACCAGAGAUGUUCUUUUUGGUCUUGAGUAUGUCCUGUUGUCUCCUGUAUGCAACUAAAAAUUAGAAACUCACACCAGUUA